AGUGAUUUCUGUGCCGACGGUCUGCGCGACUUGGGGAGAGCAGUGCAGCUGUUUCGCUGCUUGAGCUUCGUAACUGUCCAAGAAGAAGAAGGCAGAAGAGGGACCACGACUAGAGGUCCUGCUGCACGAGGAGGUGGCGCCGGUGCUAAUCGACCCACCAGUACUGUCGUUUCCGAAGACGCUGGGGGCAAAGGCGCAUGUGAUCUUGCAGUCUCUUUCUUUACUGGUCGAGGUUUGGUGCUGGUUCCACUACCAGAGUUUUUCAGGGAGCUUGCGCGCCUUGAGGAUGCGCAGCAGCACCCUUUUCCGCUUACGAUCGUCCUUGUACCAGCUACCACUAGUCGUGAAGACAUUGAGGCGCACCUCGGGACAAUAGGAAUCGUAUCCACGAACGGAACUACGUCGUCUGUAGGUAAGGCCACUUCCUCAGGGAGUUCCGUUGUUGCGCUUGCUACGUCACAGACGCACCAGCUGUCUCCAAUGCAGAUCCGGAGCCGUAUCCUCGUUGAGAUCGGAAAUUUUGGUGUUGGAGCGGCGACUGAGCUGAAAAUGUGGAAGUUUCGCAGACGACCUCAGACAACGUCCGAUGGCAAACCUCCUAAGGCUAUGUCAGCAGAAGUGCACGAUCCAGGAGGGCGAAGAGAGACAGCAGGCACCGUCUUCGAUAGCGUAGUAGCAGUUGGUAGUCGAGGUAUGAAAGCGCCAGAUCCGAAACGCAGGGAACCACAAGGAGGGGUAAUAGGUUUGGCGAAGAUGAUUUAGUUUCGCCUUUUCGCAACAAGCAUUGUUGAUUCGGAAGUGUAUGUUGUUGUGUGGAAAUUGGACAUUGCUGUUCUAGAAUACUAGGGAACUGCUCUUUUACCUCUGUUUCUUUUCAAUUCUAACGCGUAUGUAUCUACCUCUGUUUCUACUUCCUAGUGAGUGUACUAUGUUCUUUCCAAAUUUCGGUCAUGUCUCUUCCUAGAGUGUAUCUACGUCAGUUUCUUCCUAGAGUUCGAAAUUUCGGUCAUGCCGUGUGCUGUUUUUCAGGCCCGGUCCAUGAUGUUGGAUGUUUCUUUUUUGGCUAGCGGAGGAGCCGAUACUGCUACGUUUUGGGCGCAGGGAGUACAACGUGUGAGCUUCGGACCAUCACUUUCUGGACAUUCUCCGUACACAAGCUCUUCCUGCAAUAUAGGUCGUCACACUGAUGUCGAGGUGUUUAGCAGUCCUGAGUCGGUCAUCUUCGGGGAUGCGGGAGUUUGCGCGCAGCUCCAGCUGAAACAGCUUAAAGCGUGGACGAUUUGGCUUAAGCCUUUGCUUCUCGAGAGGAGGGUACUCAAGAGAGCAGAGGAGUAUCAGAAAAUCUUUGACGCCAGUAGCGCGACAGCAGCAGCGGGUCGUAGCAACCUUGGGAUGAAAGCGUCACAGCUCUUUCGGCUGUGGGAAGAAGGCACGAUAGGGAGUAGUUCUGCCUCUGGUUCGUCCUCUGCAGGUGGUGAAAACCAGGUAGGAGUCACCAGCAACUUCCUGGUCUGCAACGAUAACAGCAAUUAUGCCCUUUGCUCAGACGCCAAGCGGAAACUUUGGUUAAAAUGUUCCUCGCGCAGUUUCGCACGACGAGAGGAUCCUAGCUGGUUCGCGUCGGUUUCACGAGAGACGGGGGCUGAUUUGUUCACGCCUGAACCGCCGGACCCGAAUAAAACUGCCGCAAACGAUGGAGGGAUGACGACAUCUGCAAAAAUUAUGGCAAAUAGAAAUUUAUUCAGUGUGAGAAAAUUCCUGACUUUUUCGUGUAAGUAUGCGGGUUCUCACCACAACAUGCAGGACUGGAAGUGUUCCUUCUUUCUCGAAACAGGAUGAUUCUCAAUCUAAGUUAACGAAUUUGAAGACCACGCAGCAGCAGUUUGUCCAAGCACGAAACGGUGUGGUAACGCAGAGCUCUUCGAGGUCCUCCACGCCUUGGGGCAGCGGCGGGAGAACGCCGGCGUUCAUCGGGGCACAGGCAUCGGGACGUAUGACCGGGUCGGCGGGUGGAGGGUCCCGGAAAGUUGACGUCACUGCUGUGGACAGUACUAUCCAGUUGCGUUGCGCACAUCCCGAAAGCGGCAUAUUGCUGUUGGAAUUGAGAUACGCGGAUCGCGUGACGGGCCAGAGCAAAGUUGCGGGGCAUUUCUGUACAAAGAUGACGGACUUGCGCCCAGGCUUGCGCUGGAUACCAUUUCCAGGGAACGCGUCCUUCAGGGGUAUGCUCGCGCAAGUCGCUUUGACCUAAUGGCAAUUAGACUGUGGCUCACUUAUUUCUCACUUGACUUCAAUUCCGUAAGAGAAACGACACUGAUGUGGUGACGAAAUCGAGCAGCUAGCUAAAAAAUUCUAGUGACCGUUCUACUAAGAUUUGAAUCCGAGUUCAUUUAGAACCAGUGCCCCCUUUCUAUUUCUUUUCCUAACACUGUCUUGUAAGUACUAUACAUAGUCGGAAUAGUUUUGUUCGCUUGUUACCUGUUACAUCUAGAGCCUGUAUUUUGUCGGCUUCGGUGUGUCAGACCGGUUUUUCUCUUGCCUCGUCACAAAGUGGACGAGCGGGUACAGGAUUUAAAAUUCCACUAAGACCUUGCUUACAUCAUCAGGCCUGUCUUGCUCUUACCUCUGACAGCUCUAAGUUCUUGUUACGUCAUAAAGAUGCGAUACGUCGGAUCCCGCCUUCCGUACUACUUAUCGUGUCCUCUGGAUUCAGUCCUUAAGAACAUCGUGGUGCUUACUACAACUGUACUAGGUGAAAGGACCUACAGUUUAUGAGCGAGUGUUUGAGAAUAUUAUGCCUUUCAGAAUCCGAUAAUCCGAUAAUCCGACGGACAGUAGUUGAAGCUGCACAAGUCUGUACGGAAAUUGUUCGCAUUCUGUUUUUGUGCCAACGAGAGGGGUCCAAUGUAUAGUCAGAAAGCAUCGAUAGAACUGCGUGGAGAAAUAAUGCUGCUCAAUACCACGAGCCUGAUGGGUCAUGUAUUCAUUGAUAUAAGCGAGAAUUG